UUUAGCUUCAUGGCGCGCGUUAUCUCAAAUGGCCGAGAUUUCAAAUCGCAAAGAUGUCAUCAGCUUUUACGAUGCGGCUGCACGCAAUGAUGAAAAUAAUUCCCAUAUCAAGAGGAGGGAAACUCGUAUAUUUUAUCUGAGGAACUUUAACAACUGGAUGAAAAGCGUUUUCAUCAGUAAGAGUCUUCAAAGCUUAGAUGUUCCCUCCAAUCGUGCUCGAAUAUUAGAUCUGUGCUGUGGUAAGGGUGGGGACCAGUUAAAGUGGUUACGCGGCGGUGUUCAGCAUGUUACUUUUGUGGAUUUAUCCAAUGAAUCUAUUGAGGUUUGUCGUCAUCGGUAUGAACAACUGUGUAGAAAUAAACGGUCUGUUUUCACUGCAGACUUUUUCGUGGCGGACUGCUCAGAAGCUAUACUUCCACAAGUGCUUCCAUCUGGUGUCUUAUAUGAUUUAGUCAGUUGUCAGUUUGCACUUCACUAUGCUUUCGAGAGCAUAGCCCAGGCACGUAGAAUUUUGUCAAAUAUCAGCUCUCUGUUACAAGAAAACGGCUUUUUCAUUGCAACGAUCCCAAAUGCUUACGAACUUUUGCGGAGAGCUACCGAAGCGUUAAACAAACAUGUACAAAAACAAGUUUCGGAAUCUGAUAUUAAAGAAAUUAAGUUCGGAAACCCCGUAUAUUCAGUCACAUUUCCCAAAGCUUCAUUCUCAAUCAGUCGAAUAACAACCCAAACGAAAGAUGCGGUUGAACUGACAUUUCCUUUAUUUGGGGCAAAGUACAACUUUUUUCUGGAUGGAGUUGUGAAUUGCCCUGAAUUUGUAGUAUACCCACCGCUCUUGGAUAGAUUGGCAGCUGAUUACGGAUUGGUACCCGUUCAUGAACCUAUCUCUUUCGCUAAGAAUUUUUAUUCUACGUUACGCAGUCGUUCAAGCCCACAAGACCCAAAGGAUUUGCUCAAGAGAAUGGAGGCUUUAGAACCAUGGCAUAAAAGUAAUAACUAUCCUUGCUCAAAUGAUGACGAAUAUAUCCAUCUGAUAGAUCAUCAAAAUAGUUUGCGCAACAAUUCAUGCUCAUAUGGGACUCUUUCUAAAUCUGAUUGGGAAGUUACUUCUAUGUACUCUUUGCUGGCUUAUAAGAAAAAAACGAAUAAAGUCUGAAUCUAUGCAACCUCUAAUUUUCGACUGUUUUACUGUGGAUAGGUAUCUGUGAAAUACUGCUGUCUGGAACAAUGAUUGUACGUCCAAAACGGCUGUUAAAUUUACUAAGCGGUUUUACAAUAUCCGGCAAAAAAGUGAAUAGUAUUUACAAAUUAUAUUAAGCAAAUAAGGCUGAUUCGUCUUGGUCCAUUUUCUCCUGUGAAGCACUGGAAACACUUUUUUUUCUUAGUUGAAGUACAUCUGAGCUUACAUAUCUGGAGUGACCGCUGUCAGCGACAACAUAAUCAUUGCUUCUAUCGUUAUUGUCGAGGUACUUAGAAACUACUGGUUCGUAAACAUAUUUUGGAAACACUCGCUUGUACAAAGGCAUUAAAGCUACAUCGUUUGCCAGAAUAGGUCGGUCGAAAACACAUUUCAUAUGACCAUGAGUUCCAACAGGUUCCUUUAUAUGCCCAACAGCUCCGCUCUUUGUUUGCAACUGUACAGGCUGAAAUGAAAAGUCAGACACAAAUUUAAUACCAAUCAGAAAAUCAUUUUAAAAAGGUGACUAGCAUGUUGGAUACUAGAGAAAUUGAAAUUAUUUACCAGCUGUUGAGCUGAAUGAUAAAUCCUCUAAAUCGAGGCGCUAAGUAGGACAGGGUUUUCCAGCCCCCUCAACAGAUUUAGGGGAUAACUAUAUAGGAUAAAAUAGGAUUACCUGAAAAUGAAGCACGUCCGCUGGAUUAUGGAACAUAUAUCGGACAACUACAUGACGCUGGUUAAUCUUGUAUGGAUGACCUGACAAAAAAAUCCUCUUGAUAAUUAAAUGACUGGGGUCGACUGAUCUCAGAGACCCUGUUGCCACCAAUUCACCGACGUAUGGUGAAGAUAGUUCCCCAUCUUCAUCCUACAAAAUAAGUAAAUGCGUCAGUACUCAGUUCAACUGUGUCAACAACAAAAACACUAGUGUAUGCAGAAAAGAUUUUGUAAACGCUGAUGAAUACUGACAUUUUAAUUGAGUCAAAUAAUAAUCUUUUAAAGUUUGAUGAUGCCAACAGCUAGGAAAUGACCAAAUGUCACGCAUCGUAUAAUUUAAUUAGGAGACUGCCAUUCAGUUUAUUCCCAGUUUUGCUAUGGGAGGUUUCAGUUAACUUCGAUUUAGUCCAACUGGUUCCGUUCUAUAGAUAAUGCAUGUUACUGAUUAGUCGUGAACAGAGAUGUUUUUACAAUAUAUUUAAUAUAGUAGUUGGGACUUUUCACGGUUUGUAUUCAGUCAAGCACAAUGUAGAGCCUGAGAGGAAGUCCCCAUAUAUCAACAUAACGGAGAAAUUAUCAACUGUUUCAUCGCUAAGCGCAACUCAAGCGUGUACACUGCAACGCUUCUGCAGUAUACACAAUCCUGAUUAUUUUAAGAAGUCGCUGUCAUUUAAAUGAACUUAGCAGUUGGUGUGACGUAGACUCCAAAUUAGAUACAACCUUAUUAUCUAUUAUUAACUGUGCGAUAUACGACUAUGGGUCACUUAGCUAUAUUAUUAACUGGAAUCACAUAUACUUAUUGACUCAUAAUAAGGGCCUUAAAUAUAAAUAAAUAUAGAUUCAGCAUGUUUUAGUUCUAGCAUAUUGUUUGAACGUGAUAAAUAAAAAUUAGUUUUCAUUAGAAGCUUGGUAUGUAAAAGUGGUCAGGUUAUUUUCUCUUUAAUGUUUUUUCAACAAAGGAAACAUGGAUCUAGAUGAACGUGCUACUAUUAUGAAACUGAAGCUUUCAUAUUAUCCCAGAAUCCAUACAUAAACUAAGUGUUGGAAUCUUAUAGAAAUCCAGAGUGUGAAUCCAUACAACAAACAAAAAUAUUGAUAGUUGAUAUCAUAAGUCAAUUGAAGCUAGACCACCAU